AUGGACUUGUGGAACUGGGAUGAAGUAUCACCACAGGAAGUGCCUCUGGGGCACAGGACGUCAGGGCUGGAAGGAUCUGAACUCAACUUCUAUAUCCCUGAACUGGCACUCCAAGGGGACACGCCGACAGAGGACACAUGCUGGAAAGGUCCCAUUCAGCUGUGGCAGUUCCUCCUGGAGCUGCUCCAAGACGGAGCGCGUAGAAGCUGCAUCCGCUGGACCGGCAAUAGCCGAGAGUUCCAACUGUGCGACCCCAAAGAGGUGGCGCGGCUGUGGGGCGAGCGCAAGAGGAAGCCAGGCAUGAAUUACGAGAAGCUGAGCCGAGGUCUGCGCUACUACUACCGCCGCGACAUCGUGCGCAAGAGCGGGGGGCGCAAGUACACGUACCGCUUCGGGGGCCGCGUGCCUGGUCUAAUCUAUCCCGACCUUGUGGGAGGCGGGCUGGAAGCAACGACCCAAUAAAAAUACCCAAUCAAG